AUGAACGAAAAAGAUGAAGAUCCGGCUAUGCCGGCUGUAUAUGAUGUAAAUGUAUCUUUUGCAGAUGAUAGUUACGAUGAAUUAGAUUUGAGAUAUUGGAUAAAUUCAACACGACGCUUUUGUGUACCUACUGUGAUGGGAGUAGAAACGACAAAUGGCAAACCAAGCCGUUCGUUGCGUUCCCCAUUGCCGACGAGUGGCGUUGAACAAGCACGACCUGUGUCACCUGCUGGCUGUAGUGAUGAGUCCUUCACAGUGUGGGGCGGUACUCCUUUGCCACCGAUUCAAUCACAGUCUGUUGAUGUCUUUGAAACCACACAUCCCUCUCCCUCCACUCCAGAGUCGCGAAGGAUGAUAAAAGUAGCGCUAGACCAAAGAUGGCGUUCCCAUGCCAACGGCGCCAUCAGACGAUACGUUGUGGGGCCCAAAGUUGGUACUACGAGCAGAACUCCCGUCGUGGUGAACCCACGGUUAUAUCGAACUAUUGACGAGAUUGCCUCUCGUCUCGCGGAGGAGAGGGAGGACCGUCGCCUGCCGCAUAUUGUGUUUGCGCCUCCGCCUGCCGCCCCGCGACAGUUCGUUGUUCGUGAGGUCGACGUGGACCCACGUGUGUUAGAUAGCGAGAUGCAAGUGCAACCACAACGAACUGUAGUGACACCGGAGGAAUUGCAGAUGCGGAUGGCACUAUUUGAAAAUACACUUGGAGCUGUGCGGCCGUACGCGUCAGGUGGUGAGCAGCAGCGGCGGACAGGUCGCAUUCCACCUGCAAUGCCCGCCUCAGCGCUCACACGUGACCCGAUGGAGGUAUUCGUGGAAGUGAUGCGAUACCAGCGGCCGGGGCUUGGCGUAUGUUCUUUUGAUUUACACUAA